CCACUUUCUCCUCUCAUGAUCUCUAUAUGACAGCCUACCCAAAUCGCACCACUAACUUUGAUCCCCUCACAGCGGUUCCUACAUUACUUCUGGAUAAGUUUGACUUGCCCUGAAGCCAUGAAGCUCCUCCAGAAACCUCCACGAUAUGUCACAGCUAGUAUAUUGUGUUCCUGCGGUGGCUUAUUAUUCGGGAUGGAUACUGGGAUUAUUGGCCCCGUGACAGUCAUGGAGAGUUUUACGUCACGGUUCGGAAGCCAAUCUGCAGUGAUUCACGGGCUGAUCGUGUCCUCUAUCCUUAUUCCGGCCGCCAUAUCUUCAUUUCUUGCCGGCUACCUCGCAGACAAACUGGGAAGACCCAAAGGCAUCAGUAUCGGCGCCUUGAUAUUCGGAGUUGGAGCGGGACUUGAGGCAGCAGCUGUUCACAUUGGCAUGUUCGUAGUAGGACGAUGCAUCGAAGGCAUAGGAGAGGGCUUGUAUCUAGGCACUCUAGUAGUGUACAUCUGCGAGAUCUCGCCACCCGACGUUAGAGGAGCUCUGACCACCGGCCCUCAGCUUCUCAUCACACUGGGUUUGGUAGUGGGAUUCUUUACGUGUUAUGGAACUGCUCGCCUGGAAUCUUCAUUCUCGUGGCGUACUCCAUUCUUGGUGUUGGCGUGUCUGGCAUUCGCAUUCUCGAUAGCUUCUUAUCUUUGGCUGGUUCCAUCGCCGCGAUGGCUGACCAUUCACGGCCGUCGGGCAGAAGCUACUGCCACUUGGGACUACCUGGGAGUAAGCCAGGCGGAACGCGAGAAGGCAGAAAUCGAGCAAGACAGGGUGCUUGUUACUGAAGUAUCAAGCAUCACCAGCAGAGAACGGAUCCCGUCGGUUUCGCAGGCUCAAACCAAGUCAGUCAAGGACAAGAUCUUCGAUCUCUUUUCCAAAGACGUUCGGACACGAACCAUUCUGGCUGUCUUCCUUAUGGGAAUGCAACAGCUCAGUGGAAUUGAUGGUGUUCUUUAUUAUGCUCCUCUACUAUUUGAGCAGGCAGGGCUUGCAUCUUCAUCCGCAAGUUUCUUCGCGUCCGGCGUCUCUGCAAUCGUCAUCUUUGCUGUCACCAUUCCCGCGCUUAUCUGGGCCGACAAAUGGGGCCGUCGACGUAGUAUCAUUUACGGCGGCAUCGGCCUUAGCAUCACGAUGCUCUUAAUAGGAGCUCUGUAUGCAGGCAAGGCUGUUCAGAGCUCGACCGGAGCAGGACGAUGGGUAGUUAUUGUCAGCAUUUACAUCUUUGCUGUAAUUUUCUCAUUGAGCUGGGCUGUCGGCAUUAAGAUUUAUGCAGCAGAGAUACAGCCACAAAGAACUCGCGCAUCAGCAACGAGCUUAGCACAUGGAAGCAACUGGGCCGCAAAUUUCCUGGUAGCACUUGCUACACCAGUGUUGCUCGCAAGAAGCAGUUUUGGUGCUUAUUUCCUCUUUGCAGGAUGCACCCUUAUCACGACAUUUGUCUGCGCAGUCAUGAUGCCGGAGACCAAGGGCAAAUCGUUGGAUGAAAUUGAGGAGGCGUUCAAGUCUAAGGCAGUGGGCUCCCGGUCUUUCCUGAAUGUGCUUCGUCCGAUCACCCGUUCAAGUCCUUGAUGAAGCAUGCUUAUGACAAAAUCUUCGUGGUCGCAUGAAACAGGGGUUGGCCCGUGCACAUGGUUGGGACUGGCGUGACUGAGGUCUGAGACAGAUCCAAAUGGUGGAGCACAUUUCCUGCAUUGGCCCGAUAAGAUAGACAAACAGGCGGGGCCGAGGAACAUUCUACUUUGGGGUUGGCGUGAGCAUUUGUAAGCUGUAAAUGCUCUAACCAUAUGUGGAUAGCUCCAUAUUACAUAACCAAAUCUUUUUGCCGA